UUCCAACUAAGCAGCCCCAAAAAACCAUUUUGAACUCUUUUCUUUUCUUGAUGGAUUAAGCUCAUGCGUCAUGCACUGAGCUGAGCUUAGCAGCACUCCCAUAAAUACCUUCUUCCUCUUCUUAUCUAACACACUCUCUCUUCUCUCACACCUUCAAGGCUUUUAACAUUCAUAAACAAGGCAGCAAACUCUUGUAGACUCUCCUAUUAACUGAAGAAAAAGUUUGAGUUUAUCAAAAGAAUUUGUAUCAGUGAAAAUGGUGACAAGAAGAGUGGAUCUCCGGUCUGACACAGUGACCAAACCAACCGAAACAAUGCGAGCUGCCAUGGCUACGGCUGAAGUGGACGACGACGUUUUGGGAAAUGACCCGACUGCGUUUCGAUUGGAAUCAGAAAUGGCAAAGAUGAUGGACAAAGAAGCUGCACUUUUUGUUCCCUCAGGGACUAUGGGGAACCUAAUUAGUGUUCUUGUUCAUUGUGACAUAAGGGGGAGUGAAGUCAUUCUUGGACACAAUUCCCAUAUUCAUAUUUAUGAGAAUGGAGGCAUUUCAACCAUUGGUGGGGUUCAUCCCAGAACAGUCAAGAACAAUGCUGAUGGAACUAUGGAUAUUGAUGCAAUCGAGGCCUCCAUUAGAGACCCCAAAGGAGAGCUUGUCUACCCAACUACAAGGCUCAUCUGCUUGGAAAAUACACAUGGAAACACUGGUGGUAGAGUGCUCUCUGUAGAAUAUACAGACAGAGUGGGAGAGGUAGCUAAGAAGCAUGGUUUGAAGCUUCAUAUCGACGGAGCCCGAAUUUUCAAUGCAGCAGUUGCACUUGGUGUUCCUGUCAGCAGGCUUGUGCAAGCAGCUGAUUCUGUUUCGGUAUGUCUAUCAAAAGGUCUGGGAGCUCCAGUUGGGACUAUCAUUGUUGGUUCCCAGAGCUUUAUCAACAAGGCUAGAAGGUUGAGAAAAACUCUAGGUGGAGGAAUGAGACAGGUUGGCGUUCUUUGUGCCGCCGCUUUGGUUGCUGUGCAAGAGAAUGUUGCGAAACUAGAGUCUGAUCACAAGAAAACCAAGUUUUUGGCAGAUGGGCUGAGUAAGGUGGAAGGACUAGAGGUGGAUGUUGAUUCAGUAGAGACCAACAUGAUAUUCAUCGAAAUACUCAAACACUCGAAGUUGAAUGCAGAAAAGCUUCGCAAGAAGCUAGAAGAGCAUGGCAUAUUUAUGAUGCAAGAGAGCUCAUCCAGAAUAAGAAUUGUUAUGCACCACCAAAUUUCAUUCAAUGAUGCCCAAUUUACCUUGUCAUGCUUUCAGCAAGCUCUGGGUGGAGUGCAUGAAGAAAAUGGCAACUAGUUGCAGAACCAAAGAAAUUUAAAAAAAUGCCUACCUCAUUUCCAAUGAGGAGCAUUUUCAUCUGCUUCUUUGAAAUAUAUAUAUAUAUAUAUAUAUAUAUGCUUAAAUUUGGAAUUUAAUUGUGUCAACUCUUGACAUUGAUUAAUAUGUUAUUAAUAAAAAUAAUGCUUAGACUUGUUUGAA